AUGGAUUAUAUAGCUUUCUUAGAACACGUCCAGGCUGGAAAAACGCUUGAAUCGGGGAGCGAGGUAUUCACUUAUAUGUCUAAAAUUUCUACCAAAGCUCAACGUAUUUGUGCAGAAAUUAAUGGUAAAUAUCAUGAACAAAAUGAACUUAUUUCUUUGCUUUCGGAACUUACAGGGCAAGAAAUAGAUCAAUCAGUAAGUAUCUUUCCUCCUUUUUCAUCUGAUUUCGGAAGGAACUUACAUAUAGACAAAAACGUAUUCAUAAAUGCUGGUGUAAGAAUUCAGGAUACUGGUGGAGUAUGGAUAGAUGAAGGAGCGCUUAUUGGACAUAAUGUUGUUCUUGCGACGUUAAAUCAUGACCUAGAGCCAAGUAGACGCCAGAAUUUGAUACCCGCUCCCAUUCAUAUCGGGAAAAAUGUUUGGAUUGGUUCUAACGCAACGGUCCUUCAAGGAGUAACCGUAGGAGAAAACUCCGUUGUUGCUGCAGGAGCAGUAGUAACAAAAGAUGUCCCCGCUAAUUCUAUUGUUGGUGGUGUCCCUGCUAAGCUAAUAAAGAAAAUUAAAUAA